ACAGCUAAACGCCGAUCUUGAAGGCCUCUUUGCGACUCCUCUAUUGACACGCACGCGGCACGCUCUCUUCUCCUCCUGCCACCAGAACGUUCAAAAUGCCCACUGUUAUAAAGUAGCAAAAAGUUACGAGUUAAGCCGUCUCAACCGAACCAUGAAUACGAUGGGUCCCAUACUUAUUAAAAUCUACGGCUGUAAAGCCGCCUGUGAGAAAAUAUUUUCAAGCAUUGCUGUGCCAAUAACUCUUAUAGUUUCCUCCGUCCCUGUAAUGAGAAAAGCCUCCUUCUCAGAAUAACCGAAGGAGAACUUCUCUGGCUCAUGCCACCCUUGAGUUGCCUCCUACGAUUUACCUCUCUGUCGUUUCGCUUUCUAGACAAGCGCAUAUCUGAAAGAACCAAAACGAACUACGCCCUCUGCCGAUCAGUAGCCUCCAUGGAUAGCGGCGGCGGCGGCAGCAGUAGUAGCUCGACCUGUACGCUGGUAUUAUCUGGAAAAUCAACAGCAGAGAAGGAAAUCGCUGAAUCUGUGAAGAAGAAUAGUGCUAUCAAACUCCCUGACAAUAACGAAGUUUCCAUACUCUUGGAAUCGGAGAUUGCUAAACUGGACAAAGAAGAGCCUUUCAAUGUAGAGCUGUUCUUCAAUUCUCUUUCCACUAGUAGAUUCGGUAGGUUCCUCAUUUGGUCUCCUCGAUUAACUUCGACUCACGAUGUCGUUUCGCACAAUUUCUGUGAGCUUCCAAUCGGCGCAGCUUGUGUUGCUGAUGUUCAAUAUAAGGGACGAGGUCGAUCAAAGAAUGUGUGGGAAUCUCCAUUAGGUUGCUUGUUGUUUUCGUUUACUGUUCAAAUGGAGGAUGGGCGAGUUGUGCCUUUGUUGCAAUACGUGGUGUCCCUUGCUGUUACAGAGGCAAUAAAAGAUGUUUGUCACAGAAAAGGCUUGCCAUUUCUCGAUGUUAAGAUAAAAUGGCCAAAUGAUCUUUACCUAAAUGGCCUUAAAGUUGGUGGCAUCCUAUGCACUUCAACAUAUAAAUCAAAGAAGUUCAAUGUUAGUGCUGGUAUAGGUUUGAAUGUCAAUAAUGAGAAACCAACGACAUGCUUGAAUGCAAUAAUAAGAGAAUUAUCUGCUGCUGCUUUCCAAUUAAGAAGAGAAGAAAUUAUUGCAGCUUUUUUUAACAAAUUUGAAAAUCUCUACGAUCUUUUCAUAAAUCAAGGAUUCCAAACUCUUGAGGAGCUGUACCAUAGAACAUGGUUACACAGUGGGCAGAGAGUCAUCAUACAAGAAAAUAAUGGGGAUCAAGUAGUGGAGAAUGUGGUCACUAUCCAGGGCUUGACAUCCUCAGGGUAUUUAUUCGCUAUUGGCGACGACAAUCAAAUUUGCGAGCUUCAUCCUGAUGGCAAUAGUUUUGCUCUGGAACAUAUCUUCAGCUUUAUUUACCAACACCAUGAGGAACAUCUCAAAGACUUGUAUUGCCAGCAAGUAGCACCACAAAAGGUGAUUACUCUCAUGCAUUUUAUUGAUUUUUUAUUGUCUUCAAAAAGGGGCAUCCAUCAGUGGCCUAACUGAGGUUGUAACAUCUCAUAUUCGUUUUGCUUUGUAUAAUUCUGUUUUCCCUGGAAUUGCAAUUAACUUCCACAGUUCCAGCCGUCAUUGAUCUCAUUAGUGUAGCUUUUCAAAUGCUCUGGUAAAAUGUGGAAGAAUUUUUUGUCGAAUUACAAAUUUUAGUUGAUCAUCCAUGGAUAAUGUAAGAGAAAAAAUCAGGCUUACAUUUCUCAACCUAAACCUUGUCAUCUUUAUAUUUUUAUCAAUUGCCAUUUAAAGAGUACCAUAUAAGAUCUUUAGAAACUCUUGAAUAUUCCAUCUCAUCUUUGAAAAUUUUAUUGCUUGCUUUCUCAUUAUUGAUGAGCACUUGAGCUUUUUUGUUUGUCCUCAUCUUUCCAUGAAUGAUUAGGAUCAAUAAUGUUGGCUGAAUGACUCACCUGAUUUUGUUAAAUGUUAUUAUGUUAUGGUCUCUGUCGACAACAUUGAAGGAUAUAUGCUUGGAGACUGUACUUUUAAAUUGUUUUUUUUAGUCCCUUUCUUGAGAAACCCUGCAAAUAAUUUUUCUGGUUUUUGCAUUUUCAGUUUUUCCCUUCUUUUUUCUGCCCAAAAGCACAGAUUUUUCUUUUUGAAGGGGGAGGUGUUCUAACGUUUUCACCCUUUAUUUUAUCAUUGUCUUCAAAACUACAUAUUUUAGAAUGCAUACUCGCUCAUGGUUCGUAUCUCAAGGUUUGUUCUCUAGGUAAGACUAUCAUGUUUGAUUUUGCAAUAUCUAGUACUUAUUACCUAAUUGUAUGUGUGCAUAACUGCAUAUAGAUAAAUUUAGGUGGGUCUUUGUAUAUGUGCUUAUGUCUAGCAUCCAGUCCAAAAUCUCUCCUCUAAUAAUAUAUGGCUUUCUCCUAUCUUUUGAAUAAUUUGGAGUAACCAACGUAGAAUCUGAUGUGUCUUGGUGUAGCUAUACGUGGAAAAAUAUGUAUUGAUCUCUCCUAUUUUCUCUCUCUGAGAAUUUACAAUGGGCCCUUAUGCAUCAAUGAGUAAAAUAAUUUCACUCAACCUGGAUGCCUUGUUCUGCCACCUGCUGCCAAUAUUUUGUAUGUGAAGCUGAGGAAGGUCAUUGGCAGCUUCCUUACAGCUUUCAGAAUUUUUCUGGUCAUCAGCUAAGCAACUAGAAAAUCUUAAUUAUAGUAUGCUUGUAUCAAUAAGCAAUUAUUUCCGCGUGAUUUUACAUUUGAAGUUCUGUUUCUAUAUAUCCCUGUUCCGAUUGUUGUCUUGCUGGAAGUAAUCAAAGUCUUGUUUCUCAUGUGGCUGCAGUUUUGACUUCUUCAAAGGACUGGUCAGAAGGAAACUUGAAUGAAGAACAUUCUUUCAGAACCAUCAACCGGAAGCAACUUGAACAGUCGUGUUGGAACAUGUGCACAACAGAGGGCGUUUUAUGAACUUCCCUUUUGUCUUUUGUUCUACACUUAUUUAGUUUAAUAAAAUAAAAUGUUUAAUAUUCAAGUAGAUUUUUUAAAAUGAGAUCUGGUAACAAUUAUACAAAUCUAUCUUCUUUGUCCCCUUUUUCUAAUCAUUAAUCUUUCUUUAUUUAAUUAGGUCAGAUUUUGUAAACUAUGACCAUUGUGCAACUUUUUUGUACUGUUGCAAACUGAAAUCACAUAUUUUUUGGUUUUUGAAUCACAGGAAUUACUUUGUGGAAA